GCGUGCUCCGGGGCCGGAAGUGCCGGUCUCGGCGUGCUCCGGUGUGGCGCAGCGCGGUAGCUCGGAUGGCGGCGGCGCCGGUGUACGUGUACAGCCCGGAGUACGUGGCCCUCUGCGACUCCCUCUGCAAAGUGCCCAAGCGGGCCAGUAUGGUGCAUUCGUUGAUUGAAGCGUAUGCCUUACUUGACCAGAUGAAGAUAGUCAAGCCUAAAGUGGCCUCCAUGGAGGAGAUGGCCAGCUUCCACACAGACGCCUACUUGCAGCACCUGCAGAAGGUCAGUGAGGAGGGAGACGAUGACCAUCCGGACUCCGUGGAAUAUGGACUGGGUUAUGACUGUCCAGCUACUGAAGGGAUCUUUGAGUAUGCGGCAGCUGUGGGAGGAGCCACCAUCACUGCAGCCCAGUGUCUGCUGGAUGGCAAGUGCAAGGUAGCCAUUAACUGGCCUGGAGGGUGGCAUCAUGCAAAGAAAGAUGAAGCUUCUGGCUUCUGUUACCUGAAUGACGCCGUCUUGGGCAUCCUGCGGCUGCGCCAGAAAUUUGACCGUGUCCUUUAUAUCGACUUGGAUUUGCAUCAUGGGGAUGGAGUUGAAGAUGCCUUUAGCUUCACCUCAAAAGUAAUGACUGUUUCUCUGCAUAAGUUUUCACCAGGAUUUUUCCCAGGCACCGGGGAUGUGACAGAUGUUGGCCUGGGGAAAGGUCGCUAUUACAGUGUGAAUGUACCCAUUCAAGAUGGCAUUCAGGAUGAGAGAUAUUACCAGAUCUGUGAAACUGUGCUAAAGGAGGUGUAUGCCGUGUUCAACCCGGAUGCAGUUGUGCUGCAGCUGGGGGCAGACACCAUCGCUGGGGAUCCCAUGUGCUCUUUCAACAUGACCCCUGAGGGGGUGGGCAAGUGCCUGAAGUACGUCCUGCAGUGGCAGCUGGCGACCCUUGUCCUGGGAGGAGGAGGCUACAACCUUGCCAACACAGCUCGCUGCUGGACAUACUUGACUGGGGUCAUCCUUGGGAGAACAUUGUCCUCCGAGAUCCCUGAUCACGAGUUCUUCACAGAAUAUGGUCCAGACUAUGUGCUGGAGAUCACACCGAGCUGCAGACCAGACCGCAACGAGCCACAGAGAAUUCAAGAAAUCAUUAACUCAAUCAAAGGAAAUCUGAAGCACGUUGUUUAGCAGAAAAGGAAGGUUCAGGUUUCUGCAAGAGCAUUUCCUGUGGGCAGCAUGGUGUGUUUAUGUGAGCAGCAGUGAAAUUCGUGGCUGUUGGGGAAAUCUGGAAGAAAUUACUGGUAGUUGGUGAUGUUUUUCUCUUCAAAGAAGAAAAGCUGCUGUGCACCAUGGGCACUGUGGCUCUCCUCAGGCAGGAGUCUGGGCCCUGGAGCCACAGGCUUCCAGUGUCUGCAGAGCCUCCCUUGCUCCUUCCUCUUUCCUUCUUCAACACCACAGAGUUUAUUCUCACAACUAGUUUUAAAUUUUUUUCAAGAGAGCUGUGACCCAGGCCCAGCACCGCAUUGCCCUGGGGGCAGGAGCACGGCCUCUACACUGCCCUGCUGGAGACAGGCCCAGGCCCGGCCAGGGCAUGGGGCACAGCCUGUGCCUCUGCCCAGGGAGGGGCCCAGCCAGGAUGUUUUUAACUGGGACUUUUUUUUUAAUCCAGUAUUUG